AUGGCGACCUCAGCUCUGCUCCGUCGGAUGGCAGCGGGUCGGUCCCUGCCGGUAGCCGCCAUCGCUGGACCGGCUUGGACACGCAUGGGUGUGCUAUCGGUGGCACUUCGACAAAACUCGACAAGCGCUGCGGAGGUCGUUGAAAGCUUGUCCGAUCGGUUCCUCUUUAGCAACCCGCCCAAAACGCAAAGCCUGCUCGACGUGGUCAACGCUGUGGAGAACAAGGACGACCUCAAGCAUGUGCGCGAAGCUCUGCGCGUGUUCCGUGCUUUCAGUUCCAACAUUGAUGCAAGCAUUUCCGACGCUGUUGUUAGCAAAUAUAUCGAGCAUGGCGAGCCACGCAAGAUUUUGAGCAUGAUUCAAAACAAGCGGGCCAUUGGCCUCUUUCCGUCACGUGCAGCCUAUCAUGCGCUCAUGACUGCCAACCUGCAACUUCCUGACUUUAAGAACGUGGUCAAGGCGUUUGAGCAAAUGGUCUGCGACCGCGAUGAGCUUCCUGAUAGCACCAGCUACGAACUCAUGUUGCACGCUGCCCUCUCACUGCCCUCUCGGCAAUACACUCGCCUGGCUUGCACCUAUGCAGCGGCUGGCUUGGAGGACAAGACUCCUCUGAGCGCUGAUGCCCGGGCCCUCUACAGCCUGGCGCUGCUCCGCGACUUUCACAACCAGAAGGCGCAAGAUGUGUAUCAGGCCAUCAAGGAUGACGCCGGCCUCGCUCCUGCCCUCAAGCUGACCCUUGAAACAGUAUUUAUGGCUGUCAACGGUGAUCUUACGGGUGCUGUCAAAUCCUUCGUGAGCCAGCAAGCCAGUCUUCCGCAGAUUCCAGGCGCUGCCAUUCAAUCAUUGGUGCACCAAGUUUGUCUAUCAGACAACCAGGAGGCUCGCAAGAUGCUGCGCAGCAUGGUGGCGGCUGAAGUAGCUGCCAAGCGCUGCCCGCCCUUGCAUAUCAAGGAUAUGCUCAAGUCGGAACGGGCGGCAGAUGCCACUGAGGCCGCGGCCGAGGCGUAA